AUGGCCCAAACCCGAGCCCAGAGAGCCACCCAGACCGACCUCAGUAAGUCAGCCGACCAAGACCGAAAGCGAACUAUCGAACGUGCAUUUGACUCUGAUCCCCGUCCUUCUACGAAACACCCGCGAAUAUCGAGACUGUCUGCUGAUGAGAAACCGCUCGAUACCACAGCGAACGAAGGUAAUUCCAUCAAUUCGAUCGACUUCUGGAGGAGAGAAGGGUACUGGCCACGUCACUACUUUGAGCCCGACAUGAAACAUCAAGCUGUCCUUGCGCGAAAGCGGUCGUCCUCCGUGCUCAGAAGUAAGCGAUCAAUUUCUGUUUCGUCUGGAGCUCCGAGCGACGAGAAACCACGCGAGGGAAAGAGUGCCCAGUAUAGAGAUCAGCGUUACGAGACCCUACUUGCCACUAAGGGUAGUUUCAUGGUCAGAUCGAAGCUGGACGUCACUCGCGAAAGCAAAACGCUUUGCACAACUCUUCUUAAAAAAAACACAACGUGUCAAAAUAUCCAUAACAAAAACGAGGUCAGAGUCAUUCAAGACAUUUCUCGGCUCAUCGUCCCUUCAGCCGAAAGCCUUGCUACAUACGGCUCUGUGCAUCUCGAAAUUCUGGCCGAGAGUGUCAACGAAGGUUGGAAUAACUCAGUCCCUCUGACUGGAAUACGACCCCAGCCGGACUAUUCCGUUGGAUUUCAGCGAGAGGCAUUUACUGCGGAACAGCUUGAGAAGUUAUCACCAUUUAUCGGUGACUUCAUCGCUGGCGACCUAUCCUACUUUAUGGCCACGUACUACAUGCACUUCCCGUUCUUGACGUGCGAAGUCAAAUGUGGUGCCGCAGCGCUAGAUGUCGCAGACCGUCAGAAUGCCCACAGCAUGACGCUGGCCGUUCGGGGUAUUACCGAGUUGUUCCGUCUUGCGCAGCGUGAGGAAGAGGUCAACCGACAAAUUCUCGCAUUUUCCAUCUCUCACGAUCACCAGUCAGCUCGGAUUUAUGGCUAUUAUCCAGUGAUUGAUGGGAAGGAUACUAAGUACUAUCGUCACCCGAUCCGUAACUUUUGUUUCACAGAGCUAGACGGAAAGGAAAAAUGGGCAGCAUACCAGUUUACCAAGAAUGUCUACGAAGAGUGGAUGCCAGGUCACUUCAAGAGGAUAUGUUCGGCGAUCGAUCAGUUGCCAUUAAAGCCGGAUUUCGAUGUCCCGGCGCUUUCAGAGACGUCUUAUCUCUCCCAGAGCCUGGCGAGCCAACAUUUGGCGAUACCGGAUGCCAAUUCCAUAUCGCCUGCUGCAGCUGAGGAUGACCUAGCUAGCCAGAGUAUACUUUCAGGUACUUCAUUUUCAAAACCAGGGCCUGCUAAAAGGCGAAAAAGUCCUGUCAAGAAACCAUAA